AUGUUCAAUAUAGGCCAGUCAUUCAAGCUCAAGGCUUUUUCUGGGUCUAGCUUGCUUACUAGUUUCCGUAAUAUUUCAUACUUAGGGAAAUUAGAACCAUUCGAGGGAGCUGUAACGCAAUAUAAAAGACUCGGUAGAGGUCCAGCUUCAGGGAAAGGUAAAACUUCAGGAAGAGGUCAAAAAGGUCAAAAAGCUAGAGGUAAGGUUCCUAAAUGGUACGAAGGUGGUCAAACCCCAUUUUACAAGAGAUUCCCAAUUAUUGGUUUCAAGAGACCACAUAGGAAAAUCUAUCAUGAUAUUAAUUUGGAAAGGAUUCAGGAUUUCUGGAAUACGGGUAGAAUUCCUUUAAAUCCGGGCGAGACUUUGACUAUAAAGGUUAUGAAGGACUGUGGCAUAAUUAGCGGUACUUUGAAAGAUGGCGCUAAGAUAUUAGCUAAUGGAAAAGAGGACUACAAUGUUCCCUUAAGUAUUGAAGCAUCGAAGGCAUCUUUGUCUGCUAUAAGAGCUAUUGAAAACCUUGAGCAAAAAUUUACGGCCGUUUAUCAUUCCGAACUUGGUUUAAAGGCACACGUAGACCCAGAUUACUUUUACUUGAGAAAAGGUUAUUUGCCGCUUCAAGCUAGACCCACUCAUAGAAGAGACAUCGGAUACUACUCCAACCCUGAUAAAAGAGGAUAUUUACUUGAAAAUAAAUCUAUUUUGUUAGAUCAUAUGGGACAAGAGAGCUCUGCCAGAAGAAAUGUUCGUAAAAGUGAAUUGGCUAAGCAAUUAGAGUCAGCUUCGAACAAGACCUCUUCUGAUUUUGCUCAAUCAUCGGAAAUUAGUGUAGCUGAUUUAUAA